AUGGACAAAACUAUUUUGAUAACGGGUGGUGCCGGAUUUAUCGGAUCACAUGUCGUUCGAUUAUUUGUGACUAAAUAUCCGCAUUAUCGGAUAAUUAAUUUCGAUGCGUUGACUUAUGCUGGAAAUCUCGCAAAUCUUCGAGAUAUUCAAGAAAAACCGAAUUAUGUGUUUAUUCAAGGUGAUUUAAACAAUAUCAAGGAUAUUGAGAAUGUAUUUGACCAGUAUCCAAUCGAUGGAAUUAUCCAUUUAGCUGCUGAAAGUCACGUCGAUCGAUCUAUUGAUGAUCCGCAUUCUUUUCUACAAACUAAUAUUCUUGGAACUGCGUACUUAUUAGAUAUGGCAAGAAAAUAUUGGAAAGAUAAUUUGGACAAUAAACGUUUUUAUCAUAUCUCAACUGAUGAAGUUUAUGGAUCAUUAGGAGACGUUGGUUUAUUCUCGGAAACGAGUCCGUAUAAUCCUCAAUCACCGUAUUCAGCAUCGAAAGCUGCAUCGGAUCAUCUCGUUCGAUCGUACGGAAAUACAUACCGAGUUCCGUAUUUGAUAAGCAAUUGUUCGAAUAACUACGGGCCAAAUCAACAUCCUGAAAAAUUAAUUCCAUUGAUGAUUAAAAAGAUUCUCAAGGAGGAGAAUUUACCGAUUUAUGGUGAUGGAAAAUACACGCGAGAUUGGUUGUAUGUCGUCGAUCACGCUCAGGCGAUUGAUUUGGUGUUUCACCAAGGUCGAAUUGGUCAAUCGUAUAAUAUCGGUGGACAAAAUGAAUAUCAGAAUAUCGAUUUAGUGAAACUACUAUGUCAACUAAUGGAUGAAAAAUUACAUCGAAAUGUUGGCAGUUCGGAAAACUUAAUUCAAUAUGUCCGAGAUCGACCGGGACAUGAUCGAAGAUAUGCAUUGGACAUAACAAAAAUAGCCAAUGAACUUCAAUGGAAACCUUCGGUUACAUUUGAAGAAGGUCUAAAUCAAACGAUCGAUUGGUAUCUACAAAAUCAAACAUGGUUGAAUCAUGUCGAUCUGUUGAUUUGA